AUGCGGGCCAAUACAACUGCUGAUCCCCAAUUUUGGCGUGAACCGGCCAACGACGUCUUCUCCAAACCCAACCCAGACCUCUCUGGAACAGUUAGUACUGAACGACAUAUCAUUAUUUGCCUAACAAGUCUUCAGAAAUGGUAAGAUAAUAGGACCCGACCAUAUAGUGUUCGGGACGUAAUUAGGCAUGCACCCAGAAAUAAGACGUUUGCCACGCACAUUUGCAAAGAUCGACAAAAGUCAAGUAAUCCGUCUCCAAGGUGUUCUCCGAAGAACUAUUCAUAAAACCAAAGAGGUCGAAAAACUGAAAUCAUUUGGGUAAUUAACCGUGAACCACAGCCCUGAUGAGCCCGAAAUGUGAACACCUUUAGUAAUAUUUUACUAGGCUGAAAUCCGGGAGGGAAGGGUAACGACCGUCGAAUAUCCGGAAGGUCGACUGUUUGCGAUGGCGGAGCUGUUUCUGGAUUCUGCCAUUCGGUUCUGGGUUUUUCUGCCUAUAGUAAUAAUUACAUUUUUGUUUGGAGUGAUUCGACACUAUCUAAUGAUUACACUUACUUCCAACAAGAAGUCUGAUCUUCAGGGCGUGUCGGACAGGUAAAUAUGCGUUUACCUGAUUGUCCCAGUCACGCGCUCAUUCGGAGCCGACUAUUGAGAGAAAAUGGAAACUUUAUUACGCGCAACGUAUGAUUCGUUAAAAAUUUACUCUUUUGCUAGGGAUUUAAAAUGAGAAAACACUUUUUCAACGACAAAGAAGUAGGCUAUUUCAAGGUUCAAAAGCGCGAGAACGCAAUAAAAAACCCGAUUUCCGGUACGUCAAUGGAUUUUCGUCAUGUGUUUUAAAAAGACCCUACGAUGCUUACUGACAUGCUAAAGGGAAAUAUUCUCAACGUAAUGCCAAUGUUAGUAAUUGGCGGCUGGAUAAAUUGGGCAUUUUCGGGAUUUUUGACGACAAAAGUGCCAUUUCCACUUACGCAUAGAUUCAAACCUAUGUUGCAACGUGGGUGUGAGACUCUUGUGUCGUUGGAUGCGUCUUGGUAAGUUGCUUAAGAUUCUAGUUUUGCCUUAGGGUGAGCUCCGCGUCCUGGUAUUUUCUGAACAUAUUUGGACUACGUAGCUUGCACGGUCUUGUCUUGGGAUCUGACAAUGCUGCGGACCAAACUACCAUGAUGCAGGAACAGGUUAUGGCGCCUACCCAAGCUCCACCAGACAUGCAGAAAGCUUUCAAGUCCGAGUGGGAAGCGGUCGAAGUCGUUGAACAUAAUUGGGCACUUAAAUGUUGUGAAAAAAAACUCUUGUGA